AUGGAACCUGAGCCAUCUGCCCCAUCGACAGCUCUUGCAAAAAGUAAGAUCGAGAAGCCGAAGAAGGCAGAUUUUCGCCAGCGAGCCCACUGCAAUCCUCUUUGUGACUGGGGCGACUGUUAUCCGGCGUCUCCAGACCAUGUGGACUGGUCGGUGCACUUCCCCUCCUUCUUCGAAGGCAGCCCGGACAGGCUCCAGCUGAACACCGCCGAGAACCCUAUCGAGUACUUGGGAGUCGUGCCAGAUGCGCGGAAUGGCAAGGCUGGCACACAUAAAGUCCGAUUUCUGGACGUUGGCUGUGGUUUCGGGGGCCUCCUUAUGGCACUGAGCCCCAAGUUCCCGGACAAGCUAAUGCUUGGCAUGGAGAUUCGCGAACAGGUCACGAACUACGUGGGGAAGCGAAUCCAGGCAAUGCGACAGGGGGCAGAGGGGUCGCCCUCCCACCACAACGUUUCAGUAAUCCGGACCAAUGCGAUGAAAUUCCUGCCGAACUACUUUCGGAAAGGACAGCUGGAGAAAAUGUUCUUCUGCUUCCCGGAUCCACAUUUCAAGCGCAAAAAUGCUCGCCGACGUAUCAUCAGCCACGGACUGCUGUCCGUAUACGCGUACGUGAUGGCUCCUGACGGACUGUUGUACCAUGCCACAGACGUCAAAGACCUCCACGAGUGGAUGGACACUGCCUGUGAGGAACAUCCAAUGUUCCGACGUGUGCCUUUGGAGGAGCUCGAGGGCGAUGCCUGCAUCGAGGCCGUGACUUCCGAGACCGAGGAGGCCAAGCGAGUAAAAAACCUCGGCCGGUUUGGUCACGACGUGUAUCUGAGCGUGUUCCGACGAAUCGCGCCUUUGAGCGAUGGCGGCGAGAGAUAG